AUUCACAGGGAAGCUGGAAUGCGCCAGCGGUAGGUGUCCACCGUCAGAAUAAAUCUGAGCACACGAAGAAUUUCUCCCGUGGGUACCGGUGCAGUGAUGGAGUGGCAAAUCCCGACCCCGAUUGGCUGGAUCUGCUGCCCGUCACACUGCCAGGCAGAGCGCGGGUGCCCGGCUGCCAACUGGACCAGAGGAGCAGAUGUGCUGGGUGUGGAGGGACUGGCUCUCUUCUCAAUGGAAAGAAACGCUGCUCUUAGGUUCCUGCUGCUUUUUUUGUAUGUGGGAUUCGCAGUGUCUGCGGAGCAAAUGAUUGCGACAGUGGAUGGCAGUUCACCUGCAUUUUCAGAUCAAGAUUCUCUGCAAAAAAAUGGUCGACGUUAUGAUGGUGGUGUGAAGCCAAAAUUUAAUGUUGUCAGCUACAACUUCAGCAGGAAAGGACAGUGGGAAAGAGCAUCCUGGAGGCCAUUCACCCACAGCCACUACAGCCCUCUCAAUGUCACAGUUAAUGGCAUCCCCUGCAUUCUCUUCUGGGCCAAGAGGAUCAUGAUUAAGUUUGAAAACCACACGCAACUGGAUUUGACGGAGAAGACAUUUGGUGUCCAUGCAACAGUGGAUGUUGGAGAUUCAAACUGCAGUGAAGACAAUGCAAUGCUUUCUCUGAAGUUUGGUGACAUUGGCAAUCUAAAGGGACUUGUUAUUAGAUUCUUAUUAACAACCAGCUAUUACCAGCUGUCUGUUCAGAACUGGUUCAGUUUACACAGACUGCAACUUCUUUACAACCACUCCAUACAAGCGACGUUUAAUGCAACCAGAAUAUAUGCACCGGCAAGUUACUCCUACCACUGUGAACACGUGAGCAGCUUGCAGAGAUAUGAUGCACUCCUCAUACCCAGCUCUGCAAAUGAUCUUUCAAAGCUUUGGGAAGUCACUUUUAUUGAUUUCCAGAUUCAAGGUUUUAACAUUCAAGAAGGACAUUUUGCCUAUGCAAAAGACUGUGCAUCCUUUUUCUCUCCAGCAAUACUUAUGGGAUUGGUUAUGUCUCUGAUUCUGCUGCUGGUUCUUGCCUAUGCUCUUCAUAUGUUGAUCCACCUGAAAUCUCUUGACAGGCACUAUGAAUGCAAAGCUUCUCCUGCCUAUUUUGCACAGAUGAAAGACAAUGACGUGGGGGAGGAGAAAGAGCCACUGAGAAGCAGUGGAAAUGAGUCCUAUGAACUCAGAAACCAAGAGUUCUGCAAAAUCUAUAUUUAGCAGUAUGCAUCUGUCUCAGUGAAACAAGUGGUAUUUUCUUCUGCUGGCACUCCCGUAUGUAGUUUGUGCAGAUUUUUCACCAACUGACGAAAGGAAAAGUAGGUAACAGACUGUUUAGCCAGUUACUGUCUGUUAUUUCUUGAUAACCAUCUCAAAGAUGCCUUGGGAAACAAGAUGAGAGAAAAAAAAUUCCCUUGUAAGAAAGAGAUUCCAUGUGAUGGGACUUUAUUCCUGUAGUACAAAACCAAAAUGCAUAUCUUUUCAGCCAGCUUACCAAGUCCUGAAGAGAGAGAUAAUCAGUAAUGGAUCCUUUGAAAUUAAAUAAAGAUACAAAAAAUAGCAAAACAAAAAAAAAAUCUUUGCUUAUUCUUUCAGUAGGCAAGAUCCUUCCUGGUUUUGUAUUUGCUUCAGCCACCUUGCUUUGUGUCCUGACAAAACAGUAUCCAUUCCUUUCUCAGUAUAUGUUUUCCUUUUAUUUUCCAAAUUACAUCCUCUCCUCUUUGACCUCAUAAACUCCUUUUCUUCCUUUGGAGUCUUCAGAGACGUAUAAGCUGUGUAUUAUGCACUACACUGAUGAAAUAGGGACGGCUUCGGUACAGCAGCAUCUUAAUACUUUUCUCUGUCUAAGCUGGAGGCUUACUGUAAGGAUCUAGUGGGAGAACAGUAGACAUCUGGUCAAAGGCUUACCCUUAACUUCCCGGCUCAACUCCACGCCAAAAGACGGAUUAUGAGCAUUAUACCCUGUAAUUCUAGGUUAAUUUCUUUUCUAUCAAAUCCUAUCAGUCCUUCUUGGGAAUUUUACCUGAAUGGAGAUAGCCAGUGCUAUAAUUGAAAAUAUAUAUAAACAAAGUGGUGGAAGAAGCUGCCCAGCAGUGAAAAGGAUACUGUGAUAUAAUUUUCACUCCUCCUUCUGAGCGUUUAAGAUACUGUCUUCCCACUCAUCCUUUCUUCUGUUAGAGUCAAAGUUUGGGAACUCCAAAUUAGCCUGUAAUUUGGCCCUGACUUCUAGCAAGGAAGAACACGGUAAUGUACUAACUGUAGCGCUUUUAGGUCACAAGUAAUACAAAACCCAGCAUGUUAGAAAAUCUUCUGCAAAACCAGAUUUAGUAAACAAAUGCCUUUUUUAUUUUAGGUAAUAGAUCUAAUUAGUUGUUUGUGGUCUUUGUAAAAUAUACUGCAGUACUCUUUAAACACCUUGAGAGAUGUUCAAAGAUCUCCUGUUUAUUAGCACUGAUGACACACAGGCUAGGUGUGGAGUCCAAAGCAGUUAGUUAAUUUAGGAAGGCACUUCAGAGGAAAAAGAAAAACAAACAUCUUUGAGCCGUAACCAGACGUAAGACACAAGCUUCUGGGGACUUGGCAAGGCUGCCCGUGGCCAGUUAUUGCCAAGCUUUAUCUGUUUUAUAAAGGAAGCAAGCAAAACCACGAAUGUCUGGGAACCUGAAUGAGGGUAAAAUGAGAAGGUGCAAAUAAAACCCACAGUAUUCUACAUGGGGUGGCAAAACACUUGCUGACUUGGUCCCCUCUGCUUACACAGAGUGAUGACAGAUGUUAGAAGGAGUUCAGGAUGCCAGUGUUAAAUAGGUGAUGUUCCUCAGAGUCUGGAGAGCGGUGCUGUUGUGCCUGGGGUUUGCUUAGCUGUCAGGCAAUAAAAAUCUGACGCUAAUCAGUGAUAGCCUGACUGUCAAAAUUACCGUCAUUCACUGGUGUAAAAUACCCACUCUGCAGAGCUGUGCAUGGUGGCUUUGGGCAUGGCAGUGCUCUCUAAACCUCAUGUUCUCUGAGGCACAAGUGCGCUAGUUCCUCCCGCACAGCUCAUUUAACCUACUGGUUAGCAUCUGAUGAUGCUGUCAGUAUAAUUCUUACCUAUCAUUUCCUUGCAUGUUUUAUGUAGGCAAUAUUAGCACCGUUGCUAUAAGAGGUUCUUAUGAGACUGAUAAAUCAGGAAUAAGGGACCUUCCCUCUAAUCAUGUCCCUCACCCCUCAUGUCCUUCUAAACCUCCUUCCCUAGCUGUUUUCUGACCCACAUAUGUUCCAGUUUUGAGGGUGAGAUGAUACCUGCUGGCUUUAUGCUCGAGAGACUCAGCACUGCACAUCUCCAGCACAUGUCAGCGCAGAAUUUUUAGUGUGGAAUUAAAAGAUGGGUGGGGCCCUUUCAGCAGGAAUGAGCUUGAGAGGUGAAUUUACACCC